AUGCUUGCAGGAAAAGGAAAGUAUAUAAAAUCAGGGCGUCGCCUAGCGGCAAGGCUUCAUACCCGAGGAAAGCGGCGCAAUGUAAAAUUCAGACACAGGAGAAAAUGGACACAAGCUCUUAUAGCCUCUGAUUCUGCCUCUGAAAAGAAUCCAUUGGCGCACUUGGAUGACGCAACAUCUGCUACACUUUUGGACGAGGAAGAAGGCCAAGAUGCUGAGUUCCACAUGUACCAAUCUCGAAUUGAUACUCGCGGUGAACGGGUAGUUCUUCAGGUUGGUGCGAAAAUCGACUUCGAAAAUCGCCGCCCUCCUAGCCAUGCAGCUGCUCUUAUCUUGACCAGAUUCUACUCAGAGUCAAAAAAGCUGGUAGAGACAACAUUAGCCAUCCGAUCACCAUACCUCAAAAAAGCUUUGCGAGAAAUCAUCAAAUACUAUCCCAGCGAAGAUCUCGAUUCUAGUGCGGAUAUUGAGCUGGAUGACGAGCCGUGGUUGCUGUUCCAUUACCGCAAAGAGCUUAAAUCAUACGCAAUGGCGAGCAAUGACCGGAAAGUUCGGGACCUUAUCAAACUUUGCCUACAGUAUGUCAGUAAGAAAUUUCGGAGAGAGCUUGUAUUUCAUGAGAAUAUCAAGAAUAAUCCCGAUGCGAUACCUACGCUCGAACAUCGAAACCUAUGGAUUGUGUAUAAGCCGGGCGACUUCAUGUACCAGUGCAUCGAGAAUCACCAUACAAUACGCGACUUGUUGCUAUACAUCAGACUUCGAGCAAUGGAUCAAUAG